UCUUCAGCGCCUCUAACGCAACACGCACAGAAAUUGUGCAAGGAUCGAUCGAGAGAGCAGCUCGAGCUUCGGAAAAUGAGUUACAAAUUCCAUCAGUUUCAGGUUGUAGGCAGAGCCCUACCGACGGAGACAGAUGAACAUCCGAAGAUCUAUCGUAUGAAGCUUUGGGCUACCAACGAAGUCCGUGCUAAGAGCAAGUUCUGGUACUUCCUCAGGAAACUAAAGAAGGUGAAGAAGAGCAAUGGUCAGAUGCUUGCCAUUAAUGAGAUUUUUGAGAAAAACCCAACGACUAUUAAGAACUAUGGUAUCUGGUUGAGGUAUCAAUCGAGAACUGGAUACCAUAACAUGUACAAGGAGUACAGGGACACAACCCUUAAUGGGGGAGUUGAGCAGAUGUACACUGAGAUGGCUUCUCGCCACAGGGUGCGUCAUCAUUGCAUUCAGGUGAUCAAGACAGCUACCAUUCCUGCUAAGCUUUGCAAGAGAGAAUCCACCAAACAAUUCCAUAACUCCAAGAUCAAGUUCCCAUUGGUGUUCAAGAAGGUUAGACCUCCAACUAGAAAACUGAAGACCACUUACAAAGCUUCAAGGCCUAAUCUGUUUGUCUGAGUGACCACAACCCUUCUCAUCGCAUUUUGUUUUUCAUUUGGAAUUAUAUGUUAGUUUCUACUCUUAAUCUUGGAUAUUUGGUUUUCUUAAAUGGAGAUUGGUGUUGUUGCUUUGAGAAUUACAUUUUGUUACAGAUCGAGAC